AUGUCUAUCCGCGACCAACUUUUCCGCUCUCCUACCCGCCUUGUUUCUGCAGCUCAACUUGUUCCACUCGCCAAAGCUAUUUCAGGUUCUUCCCGCCUUGUUUUCCUUGAUGCUUCUUGGUACCUUCCAAAUGUCCCACGUAGCGGCGAGUCUGACUUUUUGACAUCCCGUAUCAAGCUCCCCAAAGAGGCCGUGGAGGCCGGGGCUUUUGCUGUGACACGGUUUGCAGACAUUGAUGCAAUCAAAGAUAAAACAUCACCGUACCCGCAUAUGCUGCCAACCGCUGCAGUGUUUAAUCAAGAAAUUGCUCCACUGGGCAUUACUCGCAACGACACGGUUGUGGUUUACGACGUUGUGGGUAACUUCUCUGCCCCACGAAUGGCCUGGAUGCUCGAACUGUUUAACCACCCAAGCACUUUUCUUCUCGAUACUUUCCCCGAGUACACAGCCCAGUACGGGACUGAUGCCAUUGACACUACUUCUUACCCAAGUCUUGCUGCUGCAUACUCUGCAUCAUCAUCAUCAUCAUCAUCAUCAUCAUCAUCAUCAUCAUCAUCAUCUUCUUCUUCUUCUUCUUCAGCUACUACUGCUACCACUUUUGAGUCUUUGAGUCUUGAUGCACGUCGCGUACUGUCGUUUGAAGAACUCCGUGACAUUGUGACCAACCCCGCCAAGCUCGCCAAUCACAUUAUCUUGGAUGCCAGACCCACUGGCCGGUUUACAGGGGCUUCCCCUGAACCACGCGAGGGCCUAUCGUCCGGCCAUGUUCCAGGUGCCCAAUCUGUACCAUUUUCUGAGGUAGUGGAUGCAGACCACGGUAACCGGUUUAAGGACCGGGACGCCUUGCGUACGGUGUUUGCUGCACGCGGUGUUACACCGGAAAUCACAAAAGAGGGCAAACGAGGUACCAGAAAACAACUGGUGGUCAUGUGCGGAACUGGAGUUACAGCUUGUGCACUCGAACGAGCACUUCGUAUUGCGGAAUUGGUUCCAGAAGAUGCUCCAGUGCGAGUUUACGAUGGUUCUUGGACGGAAUGGGCCCAGAGAGCACCUGAGUCGCUUAUUGUCAAGGACCCCAUUAGCUCCCAUGUUUAG